AUGGCACAGUUGGAACAGGCUUUUGAUUCCAUUUCAAACGAGAACAAUAGUCCAAAGACUCUAAGUCGACGUUCAGUUAAAGAGCUUAUCCAGAAAGAGAUAAAGGGAGUUGAGUUCCAUAAGCCCACUAGAGCUAAUGAGCCCGAGUGGGUCAGCGUAAAGCAGUGUAGAGAUGCCGCUAUCCAUAUCGUAGAAUCCACAGCUGACAGUGAUGAAUCUAUGAAAACUCUCUUCGAUGCCUUUUCAAUAUUGAGAAAGGCUAUUAAUCGAAGCGAGAAAUGGGUCUUCUCUGGCUCUCUGGAUACAAUGACACAUGAUCACUGCCCCGAAGAGCUUACCUGCUUCUUUAGGUGGAUAAUCCAAGGUCCCAAUAAGACACUAUCUGAUAAAAAGUGCAAUGAGGUACACAAAAGAGCAAUGCAAUUAGCGCAGAAUACAAUAGCUUUGUGUCUAACGGACAGGCAGGUUGACAAUAAGAGAUCAAAAGCGGUCUACUGCACUAGAGAAAUGCUCCAACACCUCGCAGUUAACCUAGCAAUACACCAAGCAGUACGAAGCAAAGAGCUGGUUAAUCUCCUCCAUGGAUUUGGCAUGGCUGUAGAGUACAAUUGCUUGUUGAGGGUGGAGUCACAAAUUGAGAAAACUGUUGUGAAGCGCAUAGAGAGUGAAGGUGGCAUGUUUCUCCUUCCGGAUAUCGUGAAAGGACGGCACGUAUAUUUUGCUGUUGAUUAUUUUACAUGCUCUGGAUGCCUCUGCUCAAGGUGCUACCCAACUCUCUAUAUAUUCUCCUGACACUGGUGUUCUUGUUUUGGCUCUCCGACGGUAUCCAGAUUUGUGCUCGAACUCUUGCUUUGUUACUGGGACCGGCAGUAGUUGAGAGUUAUCAACUUGAAGUCAAUCGCAGACGCCCUUGGGCCCACUAAGACGGCUGCGCUGCCAGCAUUUCAUGCGUUGACCGGAGCUGAUGUUACUGGGAGUUUCUCUGGAAAGGGAAAAGCCACUUGUUGGGAUGAGUUUGAUAACGCCAGCACUCCUAUCUUGCAAGCUCUUGCUAACCUCGGUUGUGGUUAACAGCCAGAUGACGGCACAAGAAGUGGAGUGGAACAGCUGGUUUGUCGGAUGUACCAACCAAAGACAGACAUCAAAACUGUCAAAGCCCUCAGAUGGUCCCUCUUUAAGAAAAAUCAAGCUGAGUCUGAGAGGUUGCCGCCCACACAAGCUGCUCUCCAUCAAGCCAUACUGAGAGCGCACUACCAGCUUCUUGUUUGGAACAACGAUCAUGUAGCAAACCCGGUGUUGCCCUCACCAGAAGGCUAUGGAUGGCAAGAUGAAGAUGGAAAGUGGGUACCAGUCAUGACAAAUCUUCCACCAGCUCCAGAGGCAACUAUACAGCUUGUCCGAUGCAAGUGCGCCAAGUCCCGUUGCUCUAACAACCGUUGUCAGUGUCAAAAAGCCGGACUUGUCUGUACUGAUCUCUGUCUGUGCUCUGAAGAUUGCCAGAAC